AUGAAAAUUCUCAAAGGUCGUCAUGAUACAAUCACUGUUCCUAAUAUAAAAUUAACAUCAUCAGCUCGUUAUUGUUCUGUAUUUCCAUCAAUAAAUAUAAAAGGUAGUAUUCGUCAUUUACAAUUACGUCCACGUGAAUUAGAUGAUUAUCGUCAACGAUGUGAAUCCGUUUUACGUCGUUAUUUUAAACGUAUGCAAUGGUUAUUAAAUAGUAGUCGUUUAAUAUUUUCACCUAUUGUUCAUAAACAUAUACUUAUACUUGUUGAUACAAGUGGUUCAAUGGAAUCAAAUAUAGAUUAUUUAAAAAAAGAAUUAGCUACACUUGUAUGGGAACAAUUAUUUACAUAUCAAAUACAAUUUAAUUUUAUUCAAUUUAAUGAUAAUUAUCAAAUAUGGCGUGAUAAUCUUGUUUUACCAACAGAAGAUAAUUGUCAUGAAGCUAUUGCAUGGAUAAGUACAUUAAAAGCUAAUGGUAAUACAUGUAGUGAACGUGUAUUAAAAUUUGCAUUCGAUUUUCAUCAUACAAAACAACCAAUUGAUGGUAUUUAUUAUAUAAGUGAUGGUAAACCAGAUCAUAGUACAAGUUAUUUAUUAGAACAAGUACGUUUAAUGAAUACAAUACAUACAAAUACAACUGAUACAAAACGUAUAUCAAUAAAUACAAUAUCAUUUUGUUGUCAAGAUAUUGAUGCAAAUAAUUUUUUAAAAAAUUUAUCACAUGAUAAUAAUGGACGUUAUCAUCGUUCAACAAAUAAUUCACGUGAUAUACAUUUAUUUAUACAUCGUUUACAACAAGAUAAAACAUAUGAUUUAGAACUUGAUGAUAGUUUAUUACCUGAACUUGAUAGUGAUGAUAUAAAACGUUUAUUAAAAGAAAUUGUUAAAGCAAGACUUUAUUUAAAACAAGCUAUUACAUUUCGUUCACUUUAUAAUCAACAACAAGAUUCAACAAAAGAAAUAACAAAUAAAGGACAACAACAACAACAACAACAACAACAACAAGAUGAUAGUAUUCUUAUUGGACCAGCUCGUGUACCAAUGUCUGAAGCAUUGUUUAAUAGAAAAUCAACAAGUUUAUAUACAUAA